UAGCUCUCUCCUCAAGCUGCACUGUGCCCUGCAACCGAGCAACAGGUAAACACGGAAGUAACGCACUUGCUGCCAACAAAAUUAAACAUUUUUGAUAAUUUGACCGUUAUAACAUCUAUUUAAUGCCAUGAUUUUGUCCAUAAAUACACAAAUAUUUAACUUAUUUAGUGAGGUCGUUAUUGAGCGUUAAAGUUUACAGGACAAUGUAUAAUAAACCGUCUGGAUAUCAGUCUCUACCGCAACGAGACUCGAUCCCGGCUAAACCGGGGUUGUUCGUGGCGACAGAAAGCUUUGUCCAAUCUCCAUUCCACCAUCACAAAGGACAAGGACAUUCGUUUGACUACAUCCCCAAUGUUAGAGACAACGACUACAGUGACUCCACUCAGGGAUGGCUGUCCUGGGUCUGCAAUGUUAUUGUCUGCUUCAUGGUCUAUAUCUGCACCUUCAUAACCUUCCCCAUAUCAGGCUGGUUCGUACUGAAGGUUGUCCCUAACUACCAGCGCAUCGUAGUGUUCCGUCUGGGCAGAGUACGUCCUCCUAAAGGGCCAGGAGUGGUGUUGGUUCUGCCUCUUAUUGACCAGUGGCAGAGAGUUGACCUACGAACCCGAGCCUUCAACAUCCCUCCAUGCCAGGUUACUACCAGGGACGGAGGUGUGGUGUCUGUAGGAGCAGAUAUUCAGUUCCGUAUCUGGAGCCCGGUGAUGUCAGUGGUGUCGGUUCAGGAUCUUAACGCCUCCACACGCCUCACUGCCCACAACGCCAUGACAACCAGCCUGGGCAGGAAGAGCGUCAGGGAGAUUCAGACUGAGCGAAUCAAACUGGGAGAAUACCUUGGGAUGGACAUCAAUGAGAUGACCAAGCCUUGGGGUCUGGAGGUAGACAGGGUGGAGCUGACUGUAGGUGCUGUCCUGAAGCCUCCAGAGGACUAUCCAUCUGGGCCUGGCUCGGUCAUCCUACCCCCCUCUAUUCCUGGUCUCGAGGGCCUGGCCGGACCCAUACAACAACUGGCGAUGCACUUCCUGGGCAAUAUGGCUGGCGGUAACACUGGAGCUCCCCUGGUUAGGACAG